UCGUUGUACAUCUGUAUGUAAGACCCUUCGCCAGACGUACUUGUCAUCAUCCGAGCUUCAGUACAUCGUUGAGCUCAGUGGCCAACAUUUACUCCCCGUCCCCAACACGGAUAAUCACACACCUAUUUCCGAGCGCCUACAAUUCUUGCGGGACAAAGCCCACGCAUGGUUCAAGAUUAACUACCAUUCCCUCGAAAAAGUCACCGGUAGGCAUCUCUGCUGGUGGGACGAAGAUGACUUGGCCACGAUCAUUCCGAUACUACCAAAGUCUUCACGACAAACAGUCGAGCUGUGCAAAGAUCAUUGAGUUCAGUAAUCUCGGCUCCCAACUCAGAGAAGCUCGAUGUGUUCAUGGACCCAGCGCAAAACUUGUGCAUGUUGUUGAUGAGACACUCUACAUUGAUCUCAGAGCCCUGAAUGGUGAUGGUGUUCACCCGCAAGCUGCUGGACAGAGGUUAUUUCUGUCGGUGCUGCAGGGAUACGAUGAAGACCGCCUUGACACGGAGAUCGCAAACCUUAGAGAUUUUGGGAGGCAUAUCGCUUUAUUGCGGAAGUCUCUAUCGUUUCAUACGUGGCAGCUGCAGAUUUGGGAUUGGCAACAUUCAACGACAUCCAAUUGCUUCCUCAGUGGCGACCUAAUCCCAAUCGAUCUUUGUUUCUUCGGAAAUAAUAGGUUGCUCGUUGUCGGCGAUACUUUGAAGCUCUAUUUAAUCGAGGAUGUGUCUCAGAUGCCACAAUUCCUGGCGUGUUUUCUCAUACCCAUCCCGGUCACACGGCUCUUCCUUCCGACGGAACCGCAAAUACUAGCCCAGCAAACGUACACAUCAAACCCCGAACACCAGCUGCUAUGCAUGACUACGUUUGAGGAUAGAAUAAAGAGACAGUUUCGUCUAUAUCAUCUCCACAAGGAUUUUCUUCGAUCUCGACGGAUCGGCAGUAGCAACGCCAAUACCGUGGAAUCGUUGGGGCCCUUCAAAUACUCGUAUUUUCAAGCACAACUUCGAAGGGAAAUUUCACCUUAGUGGAAAUUGGGUCCUGCAGGGAUUCCCCGUCGGCUCUCCCCAGGCCACGUCACGUUCAGGUCCAAGACACUUCAUGUUGCAUAUGAUAGACUUCAGCCCGCUAGCCGUGACGAACAGGCGAGGUCUAGGACGAGUGGUGAAAGAACCAUCUACGAUAGACAUCAGUAACUUCACUGACAGUCCUCAGGAGACUCAGAGCUUGAUAACGUCUCUGCCUUACGUCGAGGUCGUAUUGGACAGAAAGUUCAAACUUGCGGAGUUGGAGGACAUAUGGAUUGACCAGAAUCGAAUUUAUUUGCUCCUCACAAAUUACAAAACGAAUCCAGUCCGUAGCAAGCUUGGGGUCAUUGAUGUUUAGAGCGGUAUAUUAGUUAGUUGUGAGAAUAGAUCAUCGGCCUUGCGUUUAGACA